AUGGAUUCAGGGGAUGGGUCCUCUGUUCCAAGGAGGAGGACUAGACAACAGUUUUUAAAAUAUUGUGUCGAGUUUAUUGAGAAGAGAAACAAGUUGAAUAAAAAUGGUAAUACUACUCACUCUUCUACUAUUUGUUGUGUGGAUAUUGGAGAGGAUGAUCAUGUGAGUUGUGGGAGGAAAAAAAGAAUAAAGGUGGAAGAAAAAAACACAUCUUGUGGUGGAGGUGAUGCAAGUAUGGUGAGAAGUUUGGAAAAAGGAAAAAAGAAGGUGGACAGUGCUAAAAAGAAGUUCAGUCCAGGAACUUGUGAGUCCGUCAUGAAAAGGCCUUUCAUCCAGGAAAUAUCUGAUUCUGACUCUGAUGACGAUGACAAUGAUGUUGAAGAUGAUUCGGAGAAGGAGGAGAGUGAUCCUGAUCCUGAUCCUGAUGUUGUUUUUAUUGGGGAUGUUGCUGCAGACUCUAUUGUAAAUAGUGGAUCACGUUCAGGAUCUUGGUCCAAUGUGGGCUCUGUUGGGUUAAGGAGUGGUACGUUGAAUGAAGCAGAUGAUGUUAUUUCAUCUACCUCGAGCAUGUGUAGGACUAGUGAGCGGCGUAAAUCAGAGGAGCACAUUGAUAUUGAGAAAUCAGAUGACUUUGUUGAUCCUUUGAAAUCACAACAAAAGUUUACUGAUACAACAGAUUCUUCUGAGUCAGAAUCUGAAGCUUCAAGUGAUGAGGAUAAUGAUCACCCCGAAGACAAGGAUUACCGGGUGCAUGAAUCAUCAACAUCAAGUUCUAGUCAAUCAGAUGAUAUAAGAAGUGAUUGUGAUGAUGACUAUGAUGGAGGAAAGGAAUCAGAAAAAGAUUAUCUGACUACUCCUACAAAGAAUCAAAACAAUGAAGAAGGAAAAGGAUUUGAUGAUAUCAGAAGUGGUUCUGGUGAUGACUAUGAUGAAAGUAAAGAAUCAGAAGAUGAUGAUGAUCUUGAUCUGAAUUGUCUUGCAGAACAGAACAAUGAAAAAGGAAAAGGAUCUGAUUAUAUCAGAAUGAAAUCAGAAGAUGAUGAUUUGAGCUGUUCUACAAAUAAAAAAUCCAAGGAAGAAGGAAAUAAGGAGUCAAAUGGGAGGCUAGUACAAAAGCACAGAGGUCGAGCAUAUCUUCUUCGGCCACACUCACUAUCCAAGUCCAAAAAGAAAUUGUUAAACCAUGGAAGUUGUAGUAGACCGGUUCUUCUUAGUGACGACGAAGGGUCUAAAUCCUCGUCCUCUGAAGAGGGUUGUGAGGCUGGUGAGUCGGUGGAAAAUGCUGUUGUUCAAAAGGAACAAAAGGAUGUUGUUCAAAAGGAUAGAAAAAUUCGGAAGAAGAUUCUUAAAGAUUCUGAAUUUCUGAGGUUCGUUGUUGAUUCUAUAAUAAAUGGCGAUGAUCAUGAUAAAAUUACUUCUCCUGAAGAGAAGCGACAGGUUCCUGUCAAAGAACCACUUCCUUUAAUAUUCCGGUUUGAAGACGAGGAGCCUCUCCCCCUGGAGAAACAAGAAUGGCAAAAGGAAAUUGAAGAUCUUUUUGCCGAAAUGGACAUGUGUACCUUAGAAUCAUGUAUUGGCUUCACAAAUUCAUCUGUUUUGCCAAUGCAGGGAUCAAAAGUUAGUGACUGUCAGAUGGGGAACCACCAACUUGUUCUUGAUGAACAAAUUGGACUCAUUUGUAAAGUUUGUUCACAUGUGCAUUUGGAGAUGAAGUAUAUCUUCCCUUCUUUCGCUGACAGAACCCGAGGGAGGUAUGGAAGAAAGUAUUUUGGAGAUUCAUCAUCGCUCUUGGAUGCUGGCGGCUUUAGAUAUUAUGAUUCUUCUGCAGUUCAUGAUUCUGCUAUUUAUAUGGAAGGAACUGUGUGGGAUUUGGUCCCCAUGAAUGCCAAAACAACAAUGUACCCUCAUCAGCGUGAAGGAUUUGAGUUUAUGUGGAAGAAUAUUGCUGGAGACAUAAUCCUUGAAAAUCUCAGGGAGCCUCUAUCUGGUAGUAGGGGAGGAUGCAUAAUCUCGCAUCCACCUGGCACUGGAAAAACCCGUCUGACCAUAGUCUUUCUUCAGGCAUUUCUGAAGCAGUUCCCAAAGUGUAGGCCUGUGAUCAUAGCUCCAUCCAAUUUGCUUCUUAUCUGGGAAGCCGAGUUCAAGAAAUGGGAGGUGGACAUUCCCUUCCACAACUUGAACAGCAAAGAUUUCUCUUUCGAGGAAGAUGAAGCUACUGUUAGUGUCUUCCACUGUUUAUCACGUGCUGGAAAAAGAGAUCCACAGCUUAUACGCAUGGUGAAGCUAAGAUCCUGGGCUAAAAGUAAGAGUGUCUUGGGAAUUAGCUAUGACUUGUUCAGGAUUCUGACGGGAGAAGAUGGGGAUGGUUACGCCAAAGAGAUUAGAGAAAUACUUCUCAAAUUACCUGGUCUUCUGGUCCUUGAAGAAGGGCACACUGCUAGGAAUGAUCAAAGUCUUAUGUGGCAAGCUUUGAACAAGGUUGAAACAGAGAAGCGUAUACUUUUGUCUGGAACUCCCUUCCAGAAUAAUAUCAAAGAGUUGUACAACACCCUCUCCGUAGUUAGUCCAAAAUUUGCUGCAGAUUUGGAGCAUAAAUGGACGUCUCUUAGCAGUUGCAUUGACAAGAAUGUCCGUGCCUUGGAAGAGCUUAGGGAUAUGAUUGCACCACUAGUUCAUAGAUGUGGUGAAAAUGUAAAGAAGGAAAGCCUUCCGGGUAUAAGGGACACUGUGAUACACUUGAAACCCACAGAUUUGCAGAAGAGGCUGCUUAAGAGAAUUCCUGAGAACCCAGGCUCCUUUUACAACCAAAAUGCGGUGUCUCUGAUCUCUGUUCACCCUUCAUUAGUGGCAAAUAGGAGUGAGUUCUCUGACUUAGAAAGCCAGUUAAAAGAAAGAGGAUGUCGAUUGGAUCCAAAUGCUGGAGUAAAAAUGAAAUUUGCUGUUGAACUGAUCAGACUUUGUGAUGGCUUGAAUGAGAGGGUUAUAAUAUUCAGCCAGUUACUUGAUCCUCUAAAACUGAUUAAGGAGCAACUCAAUUCUCUCUUCAACUGGACUAUAGGCCGAGAGAUUCUCUAUAUGGAUGGUAAACUUGAUGUAAAGCAGCGGCAGAUAUCAAUAAACUCUCUGAAUGACCCUAAGAGUGAUGUAAAAGUGCUUCUUGCAUCAAUAAAAGCAUGUUCAGAAGGGAUAAGUCUUGUAGGGGCUUCAAGAGUGGUUUUGCUUGACGUUCUCUGGAAUCCCUCAGUAGAACAGCAAGCCAUCAGUCGAGCUUACAGGAAUGGUCAGACUAGAGUUGUGCAUGUUUACUGUCCAGUGACAUCAAAAUGGGAAGUUGACAAGAUCGAACAGCAGACGAGGAAAAAGUAUCAUUCUGAUGUCCUUUUGUCUAGGAAUGAAGUGAAUAUUUGCCAGAUGAAUCCUUCAUAUUCUCUGUCAGAUGAUAACAUACUAGAAGCCAUGGUUCAGCAUGAGCGUCUCCGUCAUAUAUUUGAAAAACUAUCUCAUGCACCACGUGUGGUGCCUACGACAUGCUUCCCUGCACGAUGA